AUGAGUGUGCAAAAGUCGAGGAUCAAAGCUGUGACACGCCUGUUAUGUGGAGGCUUUAUUUUUACUUCACAAAUCUACCAUACCAUAGGUGACGCAAUCGGAAUGUCGCAAUUCACAAUGGCAAUUAGUGAAAUGGCACAGGGUGCAGUCGCGCCUUCAAUAUUGCCGGUCUGGAAAAGGGAGUUUCUUUAUGCUAGGGAUCCACCACGAGUCACAUUUCCUCACCCCGAGUAUGAUGAUGUGGUCCAUACCGAAAAGAACAUAAUCAUGAUCAAGGAAAUGACUGAAAAAUCAUUUUUCUUUGGGCCAACUGAGAUAUCCGCCCUUCGUAGGUUUGUUCCUGAACACCUAAAAGGUUGCACCACCUUUGAGGUGCUAACGGCUAGUCUUUGGCGUUGUCGUACUAUUGCUUUACAACCAAGUCCAGAAGAGGAUAUGCGUCUAAUGUUCUUUGUCAAUUCACGUGGCAAGUUUAAUCCUCCUAUCCCUGUUGGCUAUUAUGGAAAUUGUGUCGUUUUACCAUGUGUGGUUUCAAAAGCCGAAGAUUUGUGCAAUAAACCAUUAGGUUAUGCAUUAGAACUUGUAAUGAAGGCAAAAGCUAGCGUCACUGAAGAGUACGUGAGGUCAACAACGGAUCUUAUGGUUGUCAAAGGACGUCCUCAUUAUAAAACUGAUUCGACCUACAUAGUAACAAGCCUUACUAGAGGUGGACUCAACAAAGCUAACUUUGGGUGGGGAGAAGCAAUCUAUGCAGGGCCUCCUAAUGAUGAUCAAGAUAUCCCUGGUCUCUUUUCUAUGUACUUGCCUUCUAUAAAUGACAAUGGGGAAUAUGGAAUUGUUGUACUCAUUGGCUUGCCAAUCCCCGCGAUGGAGUUAUUCAUCAAUCAACUUAAAGUUAUGUUAACUUAGAAAAAGGCCAAGUGUUAGUAAGACUUUACAUGUACUUAUUAGAUUAUGGGCCCACGGGCUCAGUUAGGUUUCUAGGGUUACUCGUAAUCCCUAUAUAUUGUAACCUACUCAUUC